AUGAAGUUGUCGAUGACUGUGGUUUUGUUUUUGGCCGUAACCGUGACGCCUAGCAAUCAGGAAAACAUGCCAGGUGCCCCGUUGCUUCAGGAUCCGGAUGGAGAGAGCGCCACGGCGAAAGCCUGCUUGGCAACGAGGAAACUGAACUCGGACCAUUCCGAUGAUAAUUUCCACGCCCUCGCUAAAGUCAAGAACUUCACAACGCAAGUGGUAAACGGAGUUUACUAUAAUUUGGACUUUUACGUCGUCGAAACGUCCUGCAUAGCCGGUGAGGUGGCAGGUAAAUUGGUUGGUGAAGAAAAAUGUGCCACCAAAACUCCCAUCGUAAUGAAGUUGUGUUCAGCGUCGAUUUUCUCGAAGCCUUGGGACAAUAUCAACAAUCAGGUGCAGGAGGUGAAGUGCCGAAAAAUUCAUCAGAGGCAGCAUCCGGAGAAUUGGAGCCGCGUGACGUGCAAGGCGAAAUAA